AGCCAGACUAUUAAAGUCUGACACUUUGUGAUGAGUGUUUAGAGACUUUCAAAAUGACUCUUCAAAAGUUUUCUGCGUUCAUUGUGUUGACCAGUCUCGUAUGCAAUGGUUGUCUGGCACAACAGCAGCCAAGGUGUGGUAUUGUAACUAAAGCAAGCCGGAUUGUUGGGGGUCAGGAUGCAUCCCCGGGCCGUUGGCCCUGGCAGGUCAGCAUACAGACAAAUAAUAGUCACUUCUGUGGUGGAUCCCUGAUCACCGACCAGUGGGUGUUGACCGCGGCCCACUGCAUUGGAAGUGACAUCCUCAGUUCUCAAGUUCAUCUGGGUGCCUACAAUUUAUCGCAAUCCAACCCCAAUGAAGAGAUUCGGGGGAUCGCACUAUCCGUCGUCCAUCUCGAUUACGACCGUUACACUUAUAACAAUGACAUCGCUCUGCUGAAGCUGUCGGCUAGGGUCAAUUUCACAGACUACAUUCAGCCGGUGUGCCUAGCUUCACAUAACAGCACCUUUCAUGAGGGUACCCACAGCUGGGUCACUGGUUUUGGUGACCUUGGUAAUAGGAUAUUCCCUGACAUCCUGCAGGAGGUUGAAAUACCGAUCAUUGGAAAUAACAAGUGCUCAUGCUACAAUCAAGGCUUUGCCACCAUCACAGAGAACAUGAUGUGUGCUGGCCUUGAUCAGGGAGGAAAGGACUCGUGUCAGGGAGACUCGGGAGGACCGCUGGUGACGUACAACAGUCUUGUGUGGGUCCAGGGUGGGGUGGUGAGUUUUGGUUAUGGCUGCGCCAUUCCAAUGAAACCCGGCGUCUACUCUCGAGUGUCCAACUAUCAGGAGUGGAUCAGCAACACGGUCACUGGCAUGAGACCGGGCUUUGCCGAUUUCAUCUCCCGUGGCUCAGAUGAUGACUUGUCCUUCUCCUGCCCCACCUCCAUGCCUCCUACCUUUAUGCCUUCUACCACUGAUGACAGCCUCUUUGGCAGUGGUGAAAACCUGAGUCACUUCACUCACCUCGUGGCUCUCUCUGCACUUGCGCUCAUUCUCCAUGUCUUUGUCGGCAGCGGUGGAAUGUAACUGUUGCUAAAAAAAAAAGAAAAUGCUUGCUUCUUCUUGUGGUGCACCUCUGUAGCUGGAUUCUCCUAAGCUAGUUGCAAUUAAUUUUGCUUAGUUAAAAAAUGUUAACACAAAGGUGUUUAAGUAGAAUCUCAACUUUACUAUUAAAACCAUCUGUAUUACUGUAUUCAAUCCAAAUUAAACAUAGUUAAUGCUGUACUUAUAUAUGGUUAAGUGCUAUGAUCACAUGUGGGUAGAUUUACACUGAUUUGUCUCUGGCUAAUGUACCUUCAAACCUUUUAAAGGUUUGUUUAUACAGUCUUUUGAUUUGCAUGCAUUUAUGACUAAAAAUAAACAUCCUUGGCAAAUUGUAAUUA